ACUUGUUCUCUCCCUGAUAGUUCACUGAUUCAUCAAUUCACUUGGUCAGUAACUAUUUUUGUGUCUCUUUAAAGGCUUUCCACAAACAUGUCUAAAGCCUAACAGCUGAGAGACAGGCUGAAACAACAGCUGACAGCUGCUGAAGAAAUAUUUGAGUUGUUAGAAGGAUUGAUUGCAAACUAUGAAGAAUAAAUUCAUCGUUUAAAAGAAGAGAACAAAGGACGGAAAGUUCUGGAAGCUGUUUUUAAUCCUCAAGUUCGCUUGUACAAAGCAGACAUGCAGCCGUUGUUGGUGAUUAAAGAAGAAACUCUCCCUGAACACCAGGAAUGGAAUCUGAAUGUUGACCAGGACGACAUUAAAGAGGAAGAAAAGCUGUGCAUAAGUCAGCAGGGAGAGCAGCGUCAGCAGCUGGAGGAGGCAGAUCUCACCAAGUUUGGUUUCACUGCCGUCCCUGUGAAGAGUGAAAAUGAUGAAAAACCAGAGUUAUCACAACUUCAUCAAAGCCGAAGUGAUGAGAGCGCAGAGGCUGAGUCUGUAGCCAGUAGCUCAUCUGUAAACAGAACACUGACAGCAGAAACUGAUGGAGGACAACAACCAGUCAGCAACUCAGGUCCAAACAGUCAUUUACAACCAGACACAAGUGGUAGGAUUUCAGACAGUUCUGGAAGUGAGACUGAUGACAGUUUUGACUGGGAACAGACCAGAGAACUUCUGUCACGGUUGAACUGUCAAAAAAAUGCCUUUAUUGUUAGUUCGAGCAAUUGCAGCAUUGCUGAGAAACAAUCUAAUUCCUCGGAAUAUCUAAAAGCAUCUGGUCACAUGACCAACUCAGAGCAACACAAGGGGAAUCAAGCAAGUGGAAAACUAUUUAGUUGUUCUGAUCACAGUAAAAAACAGAAACAAAAAGGCACUCUGAACACAGACAUGAGAAUUCAGACAAGACAAAAACCAUUUGACUGUUCUUUAUGUGGUAAAAGAUUUGGACAAAAGGGCACUCUGAACACACACAUGAUAAUUCAUACAGGACAAAAACCAUUUAGCUGUUCUGAAUGUGGUAAAAGAUUUAGACGAAAGGGCGAUCUGAGUAAACACAUGAUAAUUCAUACAGGACAAAAACCAUUUAGGUGUUCUGAGUGUGGUAAAACAUUUGGACGAAAGACGAGCCUGAGUACACACAUGAUAAUUCAUACAGGACAAAAACCAUUUAGCUGUUCUGAAUGUGGUAAAACAUUUGGACGAAAGGCGGGUCUGAAGACGCAUAUGAUAAUUCAUACAGGACAAAAACCAUUUAGCUGUUCUGAAUGUGGUAAAAGAUUUGGUCUAAAGUGCAGUCUGACCAGACACAUGAUAAUGCAUAGUGGACACUGGCCGCGAGUGUCCUCGGUCCCACUAUGAAGGGGUUUGCUGGAAGAGAUCUCUGUAUGAGGAUGUUUCAAAGAAAACAAACCCCAGCUAUAAGCUCCACAAAGCACCUCGGCACCAGGGUGUGCGAGGAAAGCAAUGGUGCAACUUCUCUCAGUACUGCGGGGAGACAUCUCUCCUGUGGCAGCGUUCAGCUGGAUAAUCCAAAAGAUCAGCAUAGUUCUGAUCCUGGACCCCAACAUCAACAUCAUCAAAGGGCCAAAAGAAACAAAGGAAACUACACCACUGUAAGUUGGGCCAUUGUGGAGAAGAAAAAGAUCUUUCACUGUUUCUCUUACUCAAGGCAUGCGAAGUGGGGUGGGAGGUUAAAUGCACUAUUUGAGGAGAGGAUAGGCCACCAUUAUGAGGAGAGCCCUCAGAUACAAUGCCAGUAAUGCAAUACCAGUGGUGAGCUAUGGGUUUGGCAUAGCCAGAGGGUGUGCUUAAUAAGUUAGAUACUAAAACCAGGAAGAUGCUCACCCUCCACAGAGUUACUUCCAGAAAUCAGUGCAUGGACAGAAUGUAUUUCCCUCAUAGAGAACGUUAUCUAGGUCUCACAGAAAUCAACCAGCAUCUAUAAUAAGUAUUGGACAGUACUUAGAGUUCUGAAGAAGAAGUCAUGAAAGAGGUAGCACAACAUCACAAUGAGACCUUAUCCCAACAGACCUCCAUUAUAAAAUUGGCAGAAAACUUUGGAGGAGUCCUUUUAGAAGAGAGAGAAAGCAACAAUCUGACACCUGAAACAAAACUAGCAAGACAGACCAUGGGAAAAUACAGCAAAAGAGAACAAAAACGUCAAGUGGACGGAUGGAAACAGCACAAAAGGCUGGAUGAUUCCAAGAAGAACUGGAAAAGGAAUGCAUAGACAAGGAAGGAUCUAUAUGGUGGCUUACAAAUGGAGAAGUUGGUUCUGAUGGAGAAAGAAUUAUAGUUGGAGCACAAGAUCACAGACUUUUAACAAAUGGUUUCAAAAAAUGGAAGUGAUUUCACAAACUGAUCAAUGCUGAUUCUGUCAUACAGCUGGUGAGAGUGUAAACCAUCUAACAUCAUCAUGCCAGAUCCUCAUGGCAGACGGACAUUAUACAUCCCAACACAAUAAGGUCUGUAAAUAUUUCAGCUGGAAAGUAUGCAAGGAACUGGAGGUGGAAGUAAAGGAAAACAUCUGGGAACAUGAGCCAGCACCAGUCUCAUUUUAGGGAAACAACCAUCUUCUAUGACAAUGAGAUCCCAGUAGGAAGAUACAUUGAAGGAGGUACAAUUAAACCUGAUAUUGUCAUUUGGAAUACUCAAGAAAUAAAGGUGCCAAAAAUCUAUGUCGUAGUCCCUAGUGACUAUGGCCUGACUAGGGCUGAAAGGGAGAAAAAACAAAAAAAUUACACAAAAUACCAAGACCUUAAAAAUGACCUACGAACUUAGAAA